UCUGGGUAAGAUGCCAAAGCUCCAGGGGCUUGAGUUCUGGAGAAACACAUUGAAAGGUGCUCACUAUGUAGUUGCUCCCAUGGUGGAUCAGAGCGAACUAGCCUGGAGACUACUGAGCCGUCGCCAUGGAGCCCAGUUAUGUUACACACCCAUGCUGCAUGCUCAGGUCUUUGUCAGAGAUGCUAAUUAUCGCAAAGAGAAUUUGUACUGUGACGUGUGCCCUGAGGAUCGACCAUUGAUUGUGCAGUUCUGUGCCAAUGACCCUGAAGUGUUUGUCCAGGCUGCUUUGCUGGCUCAGGAUUAUUGUGAUGCCAUAGACCUGAAUUUGGGUUGCCCUCAGAUGAUUGCAAAGAGAGGUAUGUCUCUUCUUCAGAAAAUGAUUUUGCUCGCUCAUGAGAAGCUCUCUGUUCCCAUCACAUGCAAAAUCCGCGUCUUCCCAGAAAUUGACAAGACAGUGAAAUAUGCACAGUUGCUGGAAAAGGCUGGCUGCCAGCUACUGACUGUCCAUGGCCGUACUAAGGAGCAGAAGGGACCUCUUGCUGGGGUGGCGUCCUGGGAGCAUAUCAAGGCUGUGAGGAAGGCUGUGAGCAUUCCUGUGUUUGCAAAUGGAAACAUCCAGUACCUCCGAGAUGUGGACGAGUGCAUGCAGAAGACAGGAGUGCACGGUGUCAUGAGUGCAGAGGGCAAUCUUCAUAAUCCAGCUCUGUUUGAGGGACGAAACCCUGUGGUAUGGGAGAUGACUGAGGAGUACCUGGAGAUAGUGUGCCAGUAUCCUUGCCCACUGUCUUAUGUCCGAGCUCAUCUCUUCAAGCUCUGGCAUCACACGCUGCAGGUUUACCAGGAGCUUCGUGACGAACUGGCAAAAGUGAAGACACUCGAGGGCAUUGCAGAUGUCAACAGGGAACUGAAGCUACGAUGUCAGGAAGAAAUAGCUAAUCAGAAAGAAGGAGAGAAGCCAAAGGGAGGAUUGCCUUUCUUCCAUUGGAUCUGUCAGCCGUACAUCAGGCCAGGGCCAAGGGAGAUGUGCAAGGAAAAUGGAACCAGUGGGAGUGAAGGAGGCAUACGAGGAAAACGAGCCCUGGAGGAUGAGGAUGAUGGAAACGCUGAUACGCUCUCAAAGAAUAAACAAAAGAAAAAACUGAGAAAUCCAAAUAAAUGCUUUGAUCCAUCUUUGAAACCUAAAUAUGCAAAAUGUGAUCAUUGUGGAAACCCAAAGGGUAACAAGUGCGUGUUUAAUCUGUGCCGAGGCUGCUGUAAGAAAAGAGCAUUUAAAGAGACUGCAGAUUGUCCAGGUCACGGAUUACUUUUUAAAACCAAAUAUGAAAAGUCCCUUCUGUGGAAAAGCAGCCAGAUGGAGCUACCGAAGAUUGAAAGGCCACAGACAGGUGAUAUGGAGGGAACUGACACUGUACGAUGAGCCUUCAAAUUGGAUUCUACUGGAUCUGCUUCCCUGUCUCUGUGCCUUGGCCAAAGAAGCUGCCAUUUCCAGAACACCAUCAGCAGCCUGGCAUAGUUCCACAGGCUGGUUCUAAGGUCUGGACACGUUUUAUUUAAGGAAAAGCUGCUUACUCAGGGAAAUCUCCUGCCUUUGAAUAAAAGGAUGCAUCUAAAGUUCUCACCAUCUUUGAAAGGACUUGGCCAGAGCUGCUGGCCUGAAAAUGCUGCACUGGGGGAAGGAGGGUGAUGUACUAAGGCCAUGAACAGUCUGUUGUGCAUUAACUCUUCAUGUGCUGUUUUAAAAGCUGGGACUAAAUUUGCUAUUAAACAGCCUGCGGGAGUGUUAUACUGCUAUUUCUUCUGGAGCACAGGC